GUCCCCCUAGUUGUGCCAUGCGCAUUAACGGUUGUUGUUGUUGAACUGGUUGUUAUGGCUGAACAAGGCCUCGGACUCAAUUGAGAGAGGACCCCCGUACCACCCCCGUCUCCGCCACGGGACACCUGGCACCUAUGGAGGGCACGGACAUGGACGUGGACGCGGAGCUCAUGCAGAAGUUCAGCUGCAUGGGCACCACGGACAAGGACGUCCUCAUUUCGGAGUUUCAGAGGCUGCUGGGCUUUCAGCUCAACCCUGCCGGCUGCGCCUUCUUCCUGGACAUGACCAACUGGAAUCUGCAGGCUGCUAUUGGUGCAUAUUAUGACUUUGAAAGUCCCAAUGUCAACACCCCAUCUAUGUCCUUUGUUGAGGAUGUGACAAUUGGGGAAGGAGAGUCUGUCCCUCCAGAUACGCUGUUCACUAAGACCUGGAGGAUACAAAACACAGGUGCCGAGUCGUGGCCACCGGGCGUUUGUCUCAAGUACAUUGGAGGCGAUCAGUUUGGGCAUGUAAACACAGUUAUGGUGAAGUCACUAGAUCCCCAGGAAAUAUCAGAUGUGAGUGUGCAGAUGCGAAGUCCCACAACUCCUGGCAUGUACCAGGGCCAGUGGAGGAUGUGUACUGCCACUGGAUUAUUUUAUGGAGAUGUAAUAUGGGUGAUUCUUAGUGUAGAAGUUGGAGGUCUUCUUGGAGUGACCCAGCAGCUAUCUUCCUUCGAGACAGAAUUCAACACUCAGCCCCAGCGCAAUGUGCAGGGAGACUUCAACCCUUUUGCCUCACCACAGAAGAACAAGCAUGAUGCCACUGACAACAGCUUCAGAGAUCCAGGUGGAGCCUGGGAACGCACGCAAGAGCCAAUCCAGCAAGAUCAGAAUGGACUGUCUCAUAAUGCUGUAAAUAGGGCGUCAAAUGGUCUCCAAACUAAUCUUUCUGUGGUAACUUAUGGACAGGGACCCUACCCAUUUGGACAGAGCUAGAAUGACAAAGACCCCUCUCCCCCACGGUGAAUGAAGAGCUUAGCACCCUGGGAGUCCUUAAACACAGAGGAGUUGGAGGGGGAGAGGAACAGUUGUUUUAUAUUGACUCAUGACAACCCUCUUCCAAAAACAACCCGUGGCCCUUUCCACAGAAACACAGAGGACAGUGAGGCGAUGGAUUACAUCAGCUGCCGUGAAACAUCCCACCUGACAUCAACACCUGGACUCGCAUGUGUGAAUGCUUCAUUUAAGAGUGCUAUAAACCUUUACGAAUAGAUACACCUGACUAUUUUUUAUUUACGUGGUAAAAACGUGCCUAGUUAAAGUGAAAGUCACCCUAAACAGUUUGGUAUUCCCGUGGGCAGUUGAAUGCUUUCUCUCUUUUGGGUUCCUACCCAGGUCUAGAAAUAUUUUUUUUUUUAAAUAUGUUAGAGUAGUACAGGAAAUUCUAGUGGUCAUUCAUGUUGAAGUUUUACACAGUGUUUCAAAAAAGAUGUUAUCUUUUAUUCACCAUCCCCCUCAAAAAAACUGUAAAAAAUCUAAAUGUGCAGAAGUUUCAAACUCCUUUAGGUAAAACACAGAAGCAGAAAACUACACAUAAGAAAGGAAAGAAAGAAAACAUGCACAGGUCUUUGCCAGCUCUGGAAAAUCAUCACUUAAGUGCGUAUAAAAAUGUAAGCCUCAAAGUUGCAUUCAUGUAUGAGAGAGAUGGGAAUCUUUCCCAUCAUCAACCAAUUUUACAUCACCAGACAACUGGUAGUAAUGGAUAUGGUGAUGCCAUGUUUAAAAUGUAACACUAUGUCUAAAGUGCCCCUGUUAUGCUCAUUUACAGCCUGAAUUGUUUUAUAUGAGUUCAGUGUUCAAAAUAAUGUUCAGAUUUUUUGGCACGCUCACAGCUUUUUGAGGCCCCUUUAUGAGAAGUGAGGGAACCGUCUGAAAGCUGUUGACUGCUAACAAAAGGUUUUUAAAACUGUUAGAAAUACAUUGUAUCACUUCUGCCUUUUACUUUAACUCAUCAGCACAGCUGUUGUCUUCUAGCUAUGAUAAUGUUGAUCGUUGCUGUUAAAACACAAGGAUUUUUAGCCUUGUGAAAAAUGGCUGAUUAGUUCUGUACUGUGCUGUGUUUGUGUCACUAUUACAUGUAUGAAAUGUGUAAAUGGGGACAGCUUUUUUUGGAGUUGGAAUAAUUCAGUUUGGCCUUUUUAACUCUGCAAACUAUUUACGUGCGCAGAAGAUAUGUAACACACUGGAGGGAAGGAGAAAGCACAAUAGGGGCACUUUAAUUUUGGCUUUGGCAACAUUGAAUAUCUGACUUUGGCUAAAGUGAGUCGUCCGUAUUUGUUUGGUUAAAGCUCCAGAAAUAUGGGAGCUUUUAGAAAAAUCACACAUUUCCAUUUGUAAUUCAAAUUUUAAGAAAUUCACAAGCUGGAAACGUGAAAUUCUCAAAACUCCAAUAUGACUCCAGCAGUUACUGCAUUGCAGCAACACACUUUCCCCCCUGCUACGACUUGGCUUGUUAGACUGAUUGCUCCACAUACAGUCACUUUUUUCCCCUUUUCUUUGCAGUCCUUGAUUUGAGUUUAGUACUCACCCUUGAUAAUUUGGAGAUUUUAUGUUCUGCUGUCAUACAGAUUUGCACUGUAAGAUGGCUUGGAUGCUUCCAAUAGAAGCCGUUUUUUCUCGUUACUGCAGUUAACUUCAAACUAAGCAGGGUUGGACUUUGUGAAUCCAGGAUGCCAUUCAAUUCAAGUCAGACAACAUGCAUUUGACUUGUGUCGUCUGACAAAAUAUCUAAAGAAACAAGUCUUAUUGUCCAAGUUUACAUAGACUAUUAAAAGCUAAGACUUCCUGCCCUUCUGCAUAUAAAUAUUUGUCAUUCUUGUGUAGGAACCCAGUUUCUUCCAAAGACAAAAUCCAGAGAGACCAGACACUAAUGGGUGGCAUCAUCCACUGCAUAGUCUGCAGGUGCAUAAUUGAAACUGCAUGGGACAAGGGUGGAGUUUAUUUUAUUAUUAUUAUUUUUGUUUUGUUUUGUUUAGGGUGGGUUUCGCUUUUAAUGGAGGCUGAAGCGCAAAUGGAUGUGAGUAAGCUUGAAUAUGUGAGUUGUGAGGAAAGGUUGAUAAAGCCAUCUAAAUCUAUUUUGCCUGGUGAAUGACUGUAGUAUCUGAGUCCAUGUCUAUGUAUGUGCCUGCCUGGUGCGUGUGUGCGUGUAAAUGUUAAUGGUUUCUCUUUGGAUUGAACUGACAUAAAUGGUGUAUACUACUUGGGGAAAGGAUGACUUGACACAUGCACAUCAUUACUGAGAGAGCUUUAAUAAGUGUGUACCUCAGAAGUAUUUUUGAGUGAUUCUGCACCAAAAAUUCACGCAUCAAAAAUGUCCCAGAUGUUAUUUAUUUUGUCUUUUUGUCUGUGCUGCAAAUUUAAUAAUUCCCAUUCAUAGCCAGCAGGUGGUGCUAAAAAUCAGAAGACCAAACUACACCAGACUUGUCAUGAGUGCUGAGUAUACUGAAUGAGGGGGGAAAGGUGAUGAGUUGUAGUGUGAGCCUAGCAGAUUGUCUGAAGAAUGUAGAUGUUUGUUAUCAGCAUUGUUAGCACUGAGGGUCAGUUGAGGUUUUCUUUGGCUUAUUGUGGAUCGUGACACCAGCAUUCCCCCCUCCUCAAAAUAUUUUAUUGAUUUGUGUAUUCCUCACAGCUUCAGGUUUUUGUUUUUAUAUAUCCUGAAAUGAAAGGUUUCAAUGUUAAACACUAGUUUCAUUCCUGCACCAGUGUCUGAUGUUGAACGUGAAAGUUAUUGUAUGUUUGUUUGUUUUUCUCUUCUGAUCACAUGAAUGAGUUUGUCUGCUGUUACACCUGAAUUUCUACUUCAGCUUUGCUACCUUCAUUAUGUCCAUGUUUUGUUUUUUUUUUUGUUUUUUUUUUCUGUGUAUCUUUUUGGCCUAAAAAUAAAAUGGGUGGUCCAUAGAACGCCAUUAUAGUGUUACCGUUUUUAUAAGGAAGUGUUCAAACAGGAUUAUUAGAAACUUUUAAUAUUUUGAUUUUAAAGUCCUUUAAACAACUUUUGAUGGUUAAUUAUCAAGGGGAUUGUUUCUUCUAUUAUAAUGUUUGUUUAUCUUUAAAAUUCACCAGCAUUCUGUGUUGCAGCUCUUCUCUGUUUGUAUUGAGUCAUCUGACAGUCCUCCUCCCAAACAGUAUACACUGUUCUGCACUGCUUCGAUUAUUCACGUGUCUUUUCCUUCUUUUCGUGUGUGCGUGCAUGUGUGCGUGCAUGCGUGCGUGCGCUUCCUUCGUGUUGGCUUGCAUGUGUGUGUGUGUGUGUGUGUGUGUGUGUGAGGAAGAGAAAAAAUGGUUAGAAAAUACUGCUGGAUCCAUUCUUUAGUUUUAGUUUGUGACUAUGUUUGGACUUGAGAUGGGUGGCAGAGUGAGUGGAUGAGAUGAAAGUUUACAUAGUCCUAAGAUAGCACAUUUAUCUGAAGAGAAAUUGUCAAAAUUAAGUUGGUUUUUUUUUCCUCCUGUAACUAUAAUUAAGCAUUUGUAUGAUUAAAUUAACACUGAAACAAU